UUUUACCAAUCCGUCGAAAACUUGGGCAUUUCUCUCGAGAAUGUCAUUGAGUUUAAGAUCUUUAUUAGGAUUUUGCGGUAAAGGUUUAGAGAUGUUGUUGAGAGGUUUCCUUGCCAAGCCCUUGGCCCACCCGGCCCACCAGCGCCAAUCACCCCCACCACCAUGCCUGAUGGACCUUGGCAAACUGUUCAUGUCGACUUCUAUGGUCCUCUACCCACUGGAGAAUACCUUCUUGUCGUUGUAGAUAGAUAUUCUCGGUUUCCCGAGGUCGAAAUUGUCCACUCCACGCGAGCCUCUAAUGUGAUACCAAAACUCGACAAGAUCUUUGCCGUUCAUGGCAUUCCUACCCUUCUCAAAAGCGACAAUGGUCCCCCUUUCAAUGGCGAAGAAUACCAACGCUAUCUAAUCGCCGUUGGAAUAAAGGCAAUCUUCUCUACUCCCAAAUGGCCCCAAAGCAACGGUGAGGGAGAACGCUUCAUGCAACCCUUGGGAAAAUCCCAGAAAGCUGCUAAACGGUCGUCCAUGGAAACAAGAGAUAAGUCGUUUCCUGUUGCACCAUCGCACCACACCGCAUUGUACCACUGGUGUUCCACCCUCUGAACAGUUAUUUAAUCGCCAAGUUCAAGGAAAAAAUCGUCGAGGUUCGGAAAAAGGAAGGUGAAAGACAACAAUACAACAAACGUUACGCUGAUGAAAAGAGAAACGUUAAAGAAAGCCCAAUAAAAGUUGGCGACUACGUUUUGUGGAAGCAAAAGAGAGGGAACAAACUCACCCCUAACUUCAAUGAAACACCCCACAUUGUGAUCUCGCGAAACAACAACACGGUGACAGCACGUAGUCAGACAGGGCACACUAUAACUCGCAAUGUAUCACACUUCAAGCGAAGCCAAAGAGUGAUGUUCAAGUCGACGACGACGAUGACAGUGAAACGUAUGACGCGGAAAGGACCGAACGAGACAGAAUUGACACUAACCCUGAGCCAGGACGAUCGACAAGGAAUGUUAGGCAACCAGAACGAUAUGGCGAGGGAAUUCCCUCGUCGGUAAUUAGAUAAAAAAGGGGAGUGAUAUAGUAAUGACGUCAGGUCAUUCACUCGGCACCAGGACUAUACGGUCGGAACUAAUUUAAAUCAAUCUCGUUCCCGAGCCUGCGAUCCUCGGGAAGGAACGCGAGGCUUUGGGAUAAAUUAAUCCGUUGCCGGAAGCCAGGAAUCCUGGCUAAGAUUGAACUACGCAUUCCAUUUCAACGGCCAAUCAGAUUCCUCCCUGAAACGGAUUAUCCCAGAGCCUCGCGUUCCUUCCCAAGGAUCGCAGGCUCGGGGAACGAGAUUGUAAUUAAAUAUAUAGACAUAGGACACGCUGUGUAGAAGGAACACACUAAGACAUCAAUCAGAACUAUAUCGUUAUGUUAUGCUAAAUAUAUUCUAUUGCACAAAUAUAUACCUAGUACUUAGAUAUUACAGCUACUAUAGUUUGAGAAACUAAACAGCUUACUUGAUUCGCCAUCAUCAAAAAUAAUAUUCCAGGAUUUUUUUAUCAGAUUGAAACACGUUUCUCCCUCUCUUGCGAAAUCAUCCGAAACAAUUUUGUAAAAUGUCUAAAAAUGACGAACUUUCUCUGUAAAUUAUUGUUUAAUACUUGGAAUAAGACUUAUAACAAACAGGAUCAAUUCGAAUGCUGGAAAUAAAAAACCAUUACGAAGUACUAGAAGGCACUCGCACACAACCUACGUCAGCGAAAAUCAAGUACCAAUUAUGCAUGCACUUUAAUCCACAAGUCUUUUCACACAAACUUAAAGUCUGCAUGGUUUCCAUAUGGUUAAUGUAGCUGUCGCGAACGUGUUGUAACUGUCGUCAGAAUGGUGUUCGUGACCAAAUGGAAACAUGAAGAAAGUCUUGUCGCAACACGCUGGCAACAGUUCACGACAGUUACAACAGUGUCGUCGAGAUAGACUCGAGUUCUAUCUCGACGACAGUUGCGUCAGGCUAAAAACGUGUCGUGACGGUUAUGUUUUAAUGGAAACGGAAAAACGACAGCGUUGCAACAGUUUUGCGACAAUUAGGGGGGGGGGGGGACCGUGUUUGUCUUUUCUAAAACUGCCGCCAGCUGCUUGUACGAUCCCUGGGUACGAAAUUAACUUACGUCAGUGCACGACAGUUACAACCAUAUGAAACACGCAUAAAAAUCAUUCACGACAAACACUUCACGACACGUUCGCGACAGUUAUACCAUAUGGAAACCAGGCUUACGACAAACUUUUGUAAAUGCGUUUGCCUUGACCCAUGGCCGCCACAGCCUUUAGUUUCCUGCUGACAACGAACAACCCAACCGAGGGUAAAGACUCCUGAUACACAUAAGUUUUUAUACAAUAAUAUUUUAUACAAUAAUUGAAUAAGUGAGGAUUUCCACUUUAACAGAGAGAUAUUUCGUCGUCCGAAUAUUUCGCUUGAUUUCUUUCGAAUUGUGAGCAUCCGAAUAAAUCAGUUCUACUUAACUGCUCACAAUUCAAAAGAAAUUGAGCGAAAUAUUUCAACAGCAAAAUUUUCUUGCAAGCGGAAAUGCAGUUUAUUAAGCGAUUAUACCUCACAAGGAGGUUUUAAUUAUUAAUUUCCAUACCUCACAAGGAGGUUUUAAUUGUUAAUUUCCAUACCUCACAAGGCGUGAUAUUCUGGAACUGAAGAAUUGGAGCUGAAGAGGCAAUAGCACUAGAAAGAUAUUGUAAAAUUAAUGAUAAAUCUCUACAAACUUUCGAUAACAAUUAAACGGAAAUUUCACAUUGAUUUUGAACCGCUAUUAUGAUUUUAUUUUUGAAAGUUGUUCCCAAGAUUUUUGUUUAUUAAUUGGAGUGAAUAAUACAACUGUACUUCUGUACUCAGGGGGGGGGGGGGGGUCAGAUUACCUGAUUUUUUCAAUUACGUUCUACGUUAUGCAUUUUUAGCUAGCGUUCACUUUUAGCGUCCACAUUUGCCUGUCAAUGCUCUUAUCUUGAUUCCCCUGAAAACCAACUCAAGUCACGCCUAAAUGUACCUGCAAUUACUCAUGAACUAAUACUGCGGGGCUGUUACAUCCCCCCACACACACACACACACACACACACCGGUCGCUAUGGCCCUGCCCUGUAGCCAUGUUAACAAAACAUAACACGGAAAUGAAUUUCACGAAUACACUAACCCAGCUACAACAUUUGGAAAUUUCAUCCUAAACCAAGCCGCCAACAUGCCUGAAAACAAAAGUAUCAUGGUAAGAGGGUCCCAAAGGGUAAAAUGAGAACUGGGAUUUGUCUAUUUUUGGGCUGGUAAAUGAGACUUGGGUUACUGGGAAUGAAAGACACAAAAUGGGAAAACCUGUGAUACCAUUAUAAAAACAGUUGUAGUUGGACAUUGCGCAGUUGAAAUAACUUUAAUGUCCUAGAAGAAAUUUCAAUCUGCACUUUCCCACCUCGAGGUAAUUUUUCGCAGGAGCGAUGUAUAAGAUAUUGUAUAAGAUAUAACAUGAGCCAAAGACGAGUGGUUUUAUAUCUUCAUAAUUAGAACACAGACAUGAAUGUUUCAUGUAUAUAGCUUGUGAUUCGUCUUCAUGAAAAUCAAUAAUCUCAAAGUAGUCCAAGAUAUGAAAUAUAUUUGAAUGAACUUCAACUUUAUCUAAAUCAUCUGAGGCCAGUUAUUCAAAGCUGGAUUAAUGCUAACCCUCGGUUAAAAUUUAACCUAAUGUUUUGUUUUAUGUAUUCUGCACGUCUGUUUAUUUCAAAAUUAUAGAAACCAAAACUUCUGUUGAUGCAGACAAGAUUUCUAGAAAAACAUUUCCCGAUUUUUACGAACAAACUGUUGGGAAGAUUGCUUUGAAAAUUUUGUUAACCUUGGAUUGAGCCAUAAACCGGUUUUUGAACAAACAACCCCCAGGAUUUUGUCUCAGAUAUAUAGAAGCUCCAUUUUAUAUCACGCUCAUUGAAGAAGACAGCAUUGAGAAAACAAAAUACCUCCAUAUGAUCCACCUAACGCAAUUACAGGACUGUGAUCUGCACCGUCACGUGUUUUCUGAAAGCAUAAAACAGACAUGGCAUCCACUUGGCAUGGUCAUAUUGUACAGUUGGUAAUUCAUUAUAUCAUGAAUGUAAACUAAUUAAAUAUAAAUAAUACCGUAAAUUUAAUUUAAUGAGUAUUAUAAAACUCAUUAAUAAUUCAUGAAGAAAAUUCAAAAGAAAUGAAUGUUUAAUCAAUGUUUGUAAAACUCAUAAAGAUUUGUCCUGAUUUACUGAUAUUAUUAUAAUUCUCGCCUACGGCUCGAGUUUUUAUAUCAGAUAAAGAUCGGCUGCUCAUGUUUUAUCUAGUACGUAAAUAAUAGUGUGGGUCUUAAUAUGCGUUUCAGGAGAGUUGAUAUAUAUGAUCAGUAUGAAGUUAUGAGGUAUUAGUGAUAUCAUCAUUUGUUGUUUGCAUGAGGGUGAUAGCAGAUGUGAUGAUUUUUUGCAUCUACUUGCAACGGAACGCUGUUCCUGAUGCAUCUGAGUUAUGAAAACUGAAGAGGUUCAGUAAGGAUUAGACGACAUAUUACUGACAUUAGAAAGGUUAAGAUUUGACUCCAACUAUACCACUGCCUACCACAGGCUUAAUACGCUUUCACGGUUACAUGCAUCUGAUUGGUUCAUGGUAACUGUAGCGGUAGUGGAAAUCAAAAUUUGAAGAAACAUAAAUCCAACAGCGUUCGCAUUAUCAUUCAUACAAUUAUUGUGUUGCUUACACUCUGGUAUCAAUCAAGGACUUCUUACCCUGUCACGAGACUAGGUGCAGCCGGCUGGGACUUCUGAUCCACACUUACCUUGAUAUGUUGUAUCAUCGUUGCAAAAUCAGCCAGUGCUUGUUCUGACGACAAGAACCCCAAAUGUUCAGGACUCUAAAAAUCAAAAGUCUCUAAUCAUGACAAAUUCUGUUGCAAUGACGUAAAACAUGGUCAUUGGCGAUGACGUAAUUUGAUGCGAAAACUCAAUUUACACAAAAUAUUUUAGAAAUGGCCAGCCUUACCUUGUAAGAAGUGUUACCAAAUGGCAGAGAUUUUCCAUAAAAUCUGUGCUCACCAAAAACUAGCAUUGCAUUAAAUUCUUCUGCAAUAUCCCACAUGAAUCCCUAAAUUAAUAGAUGUGGAGUCUUUCUUAAAUACUGCAUGCUAAAAACCUUUACAGAUAGUCUGCUACAAAACUAUACAGUUCUCCACUUCCUGUUAGUUCCUUUCCAAACGUAUCGUACCAACAUUUAUCAUACUUCACGAGUACUUGGUUAGAACAAUACUUUAAUGACAUAUAAUGGUCACAAAACAAAAUGCUACCACAAACCAACCAAACUAAAUUGAUGAUAAUUGUAAUUACAUUUUACGACUUAUAUAUAUAUAUAUAUACUGUAGCAGAAUCAUUAAAUCCUCUCCAAAACUGACAACAAAUUAUAUUGCAUACUGUAUAUUAGUAGGAAAGACAAUAAUAUCUGAAACCUUUUGAAGGACAGGUGACUAGUUAUAUUGGCUACUAUAUUACUACCUUCCCGAAGGAGGGCCUUCGCUCAAGGUAGUUAUUUUUCAAGUAGUUAUAUCCCUAUCAAUCUGAAACUUUCAUAAAAGCCGUUUAAUAUAUAGUUUAUUUCAGAACCAUCCUGAGAGAUAUGAGAAACUAGUAAUUGUAGGAUGGUUCUGAAAUUGAAACACUGCGCGUCUUCCAAGGCAAGCGUUAAGUCACAAAAAUAUUUCGUGCACUUAAAUUGGAUAAGACUCGCUACCAAUCCCCGUUGACUCGAUGGGUAGAGCAGCAGUCUGGAAACACUAUGCGAAUUCUAAUCCCGCUCGAGACAAAUACUUUUUCGUUGUACUCUGCAGUUUCAGAAUAAUAUGAAAUAUAGCCUAUUAUUUAAGGAAAUAGUUUCAUCAAAUUUAAGCCAAAAGAAUCGACAUUUUCAGCACGUCAAGAGGGCAAAAUAUGUGUGCACCCCCAAUACAGCGUACCCAUGCACCACUGGUAGAAAGUACGUCACUUGACUUACUGUGUUAUUGCAAAACCACGUGAUAUCACCUUCAUUACCACAGUAAAACAAUAUUGGCCCUCCGGACUUCCAGUAUUUAUCACUGACCAAGUAACGUUGUUUAAAUGUCUUAUUUCUUUCAAAACUGAAGUGGUCCAACUAUAUGUUAAAAUAUAAAACAUAUUCAAACACUAUGACUUAUUAAAGUACAUUAUAUCAAAUGGCAUAUUGACCCAUGGCCUAACGAACCCUAUAACCAAUCUUUGACCAGUGGUAAUCGUUUAGUGCAAAACUGGAGAAUUAAAUAAUAAUCUUUCAAACCAAAAAUGAGGACUGAAAUCUAAACCUAUGGUUAGUGACGCCAAGGUUUUGAGAUGCUUCCUUCGAAUAUUACUAUAUACUAUAUAGUAGCGUAAUGAUUUUUUAUCAAUCCACUCUCAUUCAUUCUGUCCAACUGUAAUGCUUGGGUUCCAUAUGACGUGACGUGGGGGGUCAAGGGUAUGUGUCAAGGGUAAGCUUGGGCUAAAAGGGACAGCUUUUAUAUUGUUUAUAUUGUUUUGUAUUGCCUAUUGGCUUUUAUAAUAUAGUCGGAGAAUUCAUUUACAUGUUUCUUUGUUGUUUUAGUUAACUUCAGUCCAAUGAUUGACCCCCACCUGAGUCAAAUUUUGCUAAAAUAUCACGUGAUUGAAACCCAAGAAUAGAUUACUGCAAUAAGACAUGAACUGCUGAAUGCCAACAAUUCAACAAAAGUUGUUUUUUUCAAACACUGGCAUCUCAUUUUAAUUAAAUUAUUGUUAGAAAAAAGAUAGGGAAGAUCCAUAUGUCAUCUGCUUUAUGUUUAGAGCUAAGUGCUGUGCUGACCAUUGCUUAACGGCCUUAACCCAUUCAUUGGCAUUGAGCACCAACGCUCUCCCCUUGACGAGCAAAACUAUCUAGGAUUAGACAGAGUAAAAUAAUAAAGUACUAGCUGGGCACAUUAGAGUGCAAUGCAAGUUAAUGGGUUAAUAAUAAUUAAUCAACACCAAGUUGAACAACCAGAUUAAACUCUUGAAGCAGCCUCAAGGCUACAAGACUAAUGAGGUAGUCCAGGGGAAAAGACUAAACACUACCGAAGGACAAUCUUUUCUAGACACUUUUAAAGAGUGUCUUGAGAUCCCAGUUUGAUUGAGAAUGUGGAAAAAUUUGUCCAAACUGUGACAGCAAAAUGAAGAUGGCAGAAAAUGAUAGCAACGUGCUGAAAGUGAUCUUUCACAACUGAAACAUUUGCAGCUUUGAAACAUUUACCCAGUUUUGACCUGCACAGAGCCAGCAAUUCCCUGACAAGCAGGACUAAUUGCAGUGACCCAAUACCCAUGGCAUACCAUGUGUUAAACCGGAAUUAGCUCAGUAUCCAUUGGGAUACCAUAUGUGUUAAAUUGGACACUGGAAUUAGCUCAGUAUCCAUUGGGAUACUAAACAAAUGUGUGUCAUCCACAGGGUUUUCUCCCAACAACGGGAAAAAUCAGGGGGCAGAAAGAAAUUCACCUGACGUUUUUCCUAUUUGUCAAAAUUUUGUGUUACUUUUACAUAUUUCUGGUAUUUUCAUAUACUAUAUUACAUAUGUCUUCUUUUUAAAGUUAUUUCCCCCAAUUUUUGCCUGAAUUAUGUUUGUAAUUUGCAUGACUUCAUUUUCACUGGGGGGGAGGCAACUGCCCCCCCCCCAGCCCCCCAAAGAAAGCCAACUUCAAUGUUUUGAUACCGCUAAGUAGAAUGUCUAUUAUCCAAACAACUACUAGGAUACUGGGAGGGCUGUUAUGGUUGCAGGGGGGAGGCUGUGUUUUUACAGCCACUGAAAUCAGGGAGGCAAGCUCGCCCCCCCCCAAAAAAAAAGUUUAAAUUUUGAGUCUCUGAAAUGGUAUUUCCUGUAUUUUGAAGAUGCUUUGUGGCAAAAUACAAUUGUUUUGAACAGUGUCUAACAGCACUACACACUGGUUACAACAAGUUCCCAAUGCAUUGGGCUUGGGUCCCCAACAGGGUGCCUCCCUGUGAUGCCACAUGGCCCUAGCUUGGACCGGCAGGAUAUAUGUUUCAAUAUCAAGUCUUGCAUCAUUGCUACAGCAAUUUUGCUGAGUGUGGAAGUUAGUGCACACAUGAUGAUGACAUAAGGAAACUUGGGAAAGUUCUUCUCCAUUUCCCAUGCAACUCCUUACCAGCCCUGAGUAUCAACACAAAAGUCCUGUCCAUUUGCAAGAGAUACAUGCCACUAAGUCCAGUUAGGGGGUGUUUAUAUAAGCCCACUAUGGGCAGGGAGGCAGGUAGUCUCCUACGCAGCCUGUUCGCGGGUCCGAGGUUUUGGGGAGAAAACCUCGGACCCGCGAACAGGCUGCGUAGGAGACUAGGAGGCAGGCAAUGAGUUAUUAAUUGAAAUCCUUAUUAAAAAUUCUUCCCCAUGAACCUAUAGCCAAGAUUUGUUUAGUAUGGCUGAAUAGUAAUUCCCAUAUAAACACAACAGGACGGGCUGACCCUCCUAGUAGGUCUCAAUGAAAUACCCACCAUAUCUGUAAGAAAAUCAGCUUUUUCAAUAUUUAGCUCAAAUAUUUAGCUCUAGAAUAAUAUAAUUAAUAUUUAAUAGUAAGUUGGUUGUUUGAAAAUUUGAUUUGCCAGAAUAUGAUGUUGGACUUCAUAAAAUAAGGCAGAAAGGUAUCAGCUUACCGUAAACUUAAAAAAACCUUUCCAUGUGGAAAUUUUUCAUUAUUCAUAAUAAUGAUGGAAGUGAGCCAGUCCUGGCAAGAUGGUCCAAAUCAGGGCUUGCCCCAGUCGCCAGAUCUUCAAACCAGGGCCUAGGGCUCAUGCAGUAAACACACCCCAAAUUGAGAUUACAUGGAGGAGAUCUUGUCCAGUUUUGCCCUACUUUGCAAACACUACAGUUAUAUCAGUUAUGCUAGUAAGGCCGCAUCAAAUUCAGAAAGUGUAGAUCUAUUGGCUCAUGGUAGUCAGCCAAAUGAAUGUAAACAUCCCACUGAUAGAUCAGUGAAACAUCCCCCUAAUGCCAAUAUUUACAAGCUUGGUCUGAUUUUAAUUAAAAGAUUUAUAUUUUGUGACAAAUUUGCAAUUAACAUAGUAGCUUAUGUUUAUAAAAGUGCAGUUUCAAGUGAAUUCAGAGAUAAUCAUAGGGGCAAGAUAAUUAGUUAUUAAUAAUGAAAUUUUAAAUAUUCAUUGAGCUAAUGAGCUUCAACCAAUAUAUUCGUCAUAUAUAUAAAACUAAAGUAAACAGUACAUUUAAUACCAAAUAUUUCCCAAUAACUCUACAAUUCUCAUAUUAAAUAGCUGACCUUUUGAUCAAAAUACUUGGUUUCAUACGUACAAAAUUUACAUUCUGAUUUCUUUGCUGCUUGGUUUGUUGUUGACACAGGCUGUCUGGGAAAAUGAGCCUUGAGGCGAAAAUAUCCAAAAGUUUCGUUGAACGAUAUAGUAAGGAGGAAUACACAACAAAAAUAUUGAGAACAAAAUAAUCCCAUGUUGUGUCAAGUAAAAGUAAAAUAUUAUCCAAGCAGAACAGGUACCCGCAACACGCAAUUUAUUCCUGUACACUAAAUCACAAGACCAAUAUCUGUGCCAAUAUCACUCCAACAGUCCAACUUGUAAAUUUGUGACGUCACAUGUCGAAAAAUAACUUGUUUGCAAUCUGGCGACUAUGGUGGCGACGGAACAGGUUUUUUUUUGGUGGGGGCUAAGGCUAAUUUCCAUAAAUUGUCCAACAUAUAAAAAUGGGGUGGAAAGACAGACGAUCCGUUUUUUUCGGCCCCAGCCGCCCCACUAAUUUUAUUUUUGAGGGCUGUAGCCCCCUAGCCCCCUGUUCCACCGCCUAUGGAUGACUGUCACGCCCAGGUAUCUCUUAAAAGGUAUUUCUGACAUGCUGUAAAGUUUCACCGUUGAUGAUGUGCUAUUCAACUCUCGAGGGUUGAAUUUGAGUCCCCAUCUUUGAGUCCAUUUAUCCACGUUUCUAGUUUCUGACGACACAGGCUUCGGUUUUUCACAAUAAUUAAUAAAAAUAAAGAACGUAUGAUCACUUUGUAUGAGCAAUUCAAUCACGAAACAUGUUCAUUUUAGGCUGGUAUUUAGUUGAAAAACUUCAAUAUUGGGUUUUUCUUUAUAUGAAUAUGAAUAUAUUGUAUCAUGAUAGGGCUAUCUUGUGUAUAAAUUCGUUUAUAAUAAUAAUGACACAUAAAUCAGUCAUUUCAUAUUUCGCAAGAACAAAUAUUGGCAAUUCACGGCCCACGAUAAUACCCUAUUAGUAUUUCCCCACACGCAAGAUCUAGAAAUUCACUGCCAGUCUGGCCGCUAGUUAGAUGUCCGCACCAACAAAGUUCUGCAGUCCGCAAAUACUUCUCGCCGCAUGACAUUGGAUAUCAUUCAAUAAUUCACAAUCGCGGAUUCUGAUUGGACUGUGGCUGGGUGUGACGAGUCAAUAUCCUGUCACGUGAACAAUGUUUGAUCGAUAGCCCACAUACUUUCUGCAUUGCGCGUUGUGAGAACUGACGAUUGUUGUGAGUUUAUAUUGAUUUUAUAUUGAUUUUGUGGGAAUUUAUUGCAGAAUUAAAGAAUAAUUUUUAUCAAAGAUUGCUCUAAGAGUGAUUUUGAAUCAAACGAAGUGAAAAUGAAUGAAUAUUACGGUGGUAAUAUCCCAGGAAAUGUUCCUUAUUUCAAUCCUGUUCCAAUGAACGCCAGUAUGGUGAACCCGACGCCUCAGCCGGACAAUGAAGUCUACAACUUUGAUAUCGGGAAUCUGUUCACGAGUUUGCUCACACAACAUGCACAUAUUGAUCCUAACGACAAACCGUAUGCUUGCGACGUUUGUAAGAAGUCAUUCUCACAGGCAAGUGCUCUAGAUCGACAUAAAAAAAUUCAUAGUAAUGAACAAUAUGUUUGCGACAUCUGUGGACAACGUUGUUCGCAGUCAGGUGACUUGAUACGUCAUCGUAGAAUCCACACUGGUGAAAAACCUUAUACAUGUGAUGUGUGCAAAAAAUCAUUUUCCCAAUCUAAAUCUCUUUCUCGACAUAAACGCACACAUUCCGGCAUUAAACCAUACACAUGUGAUGUUUGUAAGAGAUCAUUUGCUGAUGCCGGCUACUUGGUUAUACACAAGAGAAAACAUACCGGGGAACGUCCGUAUAAAUGUGGUUCAUGUGAGAAAGCCUAUUCCAAUCUUGUAUCUCUACAGAAUCAUAUAAGAACACAUACCGGUGUGACUCCUUAUAAAUGUGACAAAUGCAAUAAGAAAUUUUUCACAUUACCAGGGUUACGUUAUCACGAAACGACUCAUACAGGAUACAAGCCUCACCAGUGUGACCAAUGUAACAAAGCAUUUGCUACUUCAUCUAAACUGAUAUGUCAUAAACGAACACAUUCAGGUGCCAAGCCGUACAAAUGUAAUUUAUGUGACAAGGCAUAUGCCCAGUCCUUUGAUCUAAAACGACAUAAGAAAACUCACAGUGGCAUCCGAUCUUUCCAUUGUGAUUUAUGUAACAAAGCGUUUUUCUGGUCCGGCAGUUUACGUGAACAUAAAAAGCAACACCUUGAGGAGAAACCUUUCAAAUGUAAUAUUUGCGAUAAAAGUUUCACCUGGUCGAGUGCCCUUGGUGACCACAAGAAAACUCAUGCUGAAGCUAACGCUGACAAACCACAUCAAUGUGAUGUCUGUGGGAAAACAUUUAAUGCAUUAGGGUACUUAAAUAGACAUAAAAAUAAACACACUGAAGAUGAGAUGAAUGGUAUUGUGGCGCCAAAUACUAACCCUUCAUCCAGUGGACGACUAUACACAUGCGAUGUGUGUCAGAAGACAUUCACAACAUCCUCCAGACUCAAAUGCCAUACACGAACACACACAGGAGAAAAGCCUUACCAAUGUGACCAGUGUCCAAAAGCUUACUCACAAUCGUUUGAUUUGAAGAGACACAAGCAGACCCACAGCGGAGUGAAAAGUUACCAAUGUGACUUGUGCGACAAGGCGUUCUUCUGGUCGGGCAGUUUACGACAACAUAAACGACAGCAUGUGGAAGAAAAACCUUUUAAAUGUGACAUUUGUGACAAAAGUUUUACCUGGUCUAGCGCAUUAGGAGAACACAAGGCAGUCCAUGGUAUUGAGAAACCUUUUAAAUGUGACUGCGGGAAGGCAUUUGCUGCUUUAGGCUAUCUUAAUACUCAUAAAAACACUUGUGAUGGACAAAACACUGAUCCCAAUGGUGACAAUUCUGUACAAGAAAAAAGACCAAAGAAAAAUAAAUGUGAUGUUUGUGAGAAGAGUUUUGCAACCAUGUACAAACUGAAAUGUCAUCAAAGAACACAUACCGGGGAAAAACCAUAUAAAUGUGAUCAAUGUCCCAAAGCUUAUGCCCAAUCAUUUGACUUGAAACGUCAUCAAGAAAGUCACAGUGGAGAUAAAACAUUUGCUUGUGAUCAAUGUCACAAAACGUUUCUUUAUGAAUUCAGUUUGCGUAAACACAAGAAGCAACAUUUGAAAGGACAAACGCAUGAAUGUGAUGAAUGUGAAAUGAAAUUCUCCUCAGCCUCCAAACUUAAAACUCACAAGAGAAGACACACAGGAGAGAAACCUUACCAAUGUGACCAGUGUCCUAAAGCCUACGCUCAGUCAUUUGAUUUGAAACGACACAAGCAGACCCACAGUGGAGUCAAAAGUUAUCAAUGCGAUAUGUGCGACAAGGCAUUCUUUUGGUCUGGUAGUUUACGUCAACAUAAGAAACAACACGCUGCUGAACUUCUGAUAGAAUGUGGAAAGACAUUAGCUGCACUGGCUAAUGAAAACCAAAACCAUGUUAGUGAAGAAACAAAGGGUCAAAAUACUUCAGAACAAGUUGAUUAUCCCACAAGUGAAGAAACAGAAGUAGCCUCUACUAGUACGAGUGAUGAAAAUAUCCAGACAACGGCAGAACCAGAAGCGGCUACCACUAGUACGAGUGAUGAAAGUAUCCAGAAGACGGCAGAACCAGAUGCGGCUACCACUAGUACAAGUGAUGAAAAUAUCCAGACAACGGUAGAAGCAGCCACGACUAGUAAGAAUGGUGAAAAAAUGCACACCUGUGAUGUUUGCAAGAAGAUAUUUGCCACAGCUUCCAAGCUUUCACGACAUAAAAUAACACAUUCAAAUGAAAAACCUUAUCAAUGUGACCAGUGUGAUAAAGCUUAUGCUCGCUCAUAUGACUUGAAACGACACAAGGACACCCACAGUGGAGCUAAGAAUCACAAAUGUGAUAUUUGUAACAAAGAAUUUGUUUGGGAAAAAAACUUACGUAAGCAUAAGAAACAACAUAAUGCUGAAUAA